AAGAGAUUCCAUCACCACCAUCUCCUUUAAAAGAUGCUGGUGGCUUGAGCCUACGAGUUCAGGCAGAAGUUUUACACAGUUUGGUUUGUUCCUAAUCUUCACAGGGAGGAGCUUCGAUUAGGGUUUCUCUCUGAUCUCUUCUGUCGAAUUUUUGUGUUAAUGGAGAAAAUUAGACGAGCAUCUCAUGCAGGAUCAUGGUACACCGAUAACGCAAACAAACUAGGAGAAGAGCUUGAUGGAUGGCUCAGAGAAACUGGUCUGGCUAAAUCUCCUGAUGUAAGAGGUGUUAUUGCUCCGCAUGCUGGUUAUUCAUACUCAGGUCGUGCAGCAGCAUAUGCAUUUGGCAACAUAGAUCCUACAAACAUUUCUCGGGUGUUCCUUCUUGGUCCUUCUCACCACUAUUACACUCCAAAAUGUGCUCUUUCAAGGGCCACAGUUUACAAGACGCCUUUGGGAGACCUGCCAAUUGAUUUGGAAGUCAAUGAGGAGCUACAGGCAACAGGAAAGUUUGAACUUAUGGAUCUUCGAGUAGAUGAGGCAGAACACAGCAUGGAGAUGCACUUGCCUUAUCUUGCUAAAGUAUUUCAUGGUUACCCCGUAAAAAUUGUACCUAUUUUGGUUGGUGCUGUAAAUUCAGAAAAUGAGGCCAUGUAUGGAAAGUUGCUAGCUAAAUAUGUAGAUGACCCAAAGAAUUUUUUUUCUGUCUCUUCAGAUUUCUGCCACUGGGGAUCUCGAUUCAAUUACACCUACUAUGACCGGAAAUAUGGGGCUAUCUACAAGUCCAUCGAAGCUUUGGACAAGAUGGGCAUGGAAAUCGUAGAAACCGGAGACCCAUAUAAAUUUAAACAGUACCUGUCAGAAUUUGACAACACCAUUUGUGGCCGACAUCCCAUUAGUGUUUUUCUCCAUAUGUUGAGGAACUGUUCGACAAAGAUAAAGAUUAAUUUCCUACGAUACGAGCAGUCAAGCCAAUGCAAAACCAUGAGAGAUAGCAGUGUAAGUUAUGCAUCUGCUGCUGCAAAGGUGGAAGGUUGAAGUUGUAAGAAUUAAUCAUCUAAUUUCGAUGAAAUUAUAGGGGCUGGUAUACUUAAUCUGUGUUUCGACUAUGUAGUUUCUCGUUUCAUUGCUUGCCCCUAGGAACUUAUAUGAAAGUCGAUUUCUGGUUGGGGACAUGAUGCAAAAGCUGACUUCAAUUUCUUUUGCAACAAAUUUUUUAACCUUUCUCCCUUGUUUAGUUUCAUGGUUUUGUUCUGUUUUACGGCAA